AUGGUUGAGAUAACACGGGAGCGCACUCUCCAGGACAUCGAAAAUGAGCUCGACAUCACCAUUUACCCGGGCACAGAGGUGAUGGUAGACGUCGGAACGCAUCACUUCAUCAAGUCCGGCAGUGGCGAUGGAGAGGCGCGCGUUCUUGUCCCUCAACCUUCUGAUGAUCCUUUAGAUCCCCUAAACUGGACGUACUUCUGGAAGCUCACUACUAUCAUUUGCGCCAGCUUUGUCUCAAUUAGUCAAAACCUCGGCCCUCUCGCUAACGCUCCUCUAUUCGGGCUGUACGUGGAGGAAUGGAACAUAAGUCUCGCAGACGCUGUGCAAACGACAGGUGAGCCUCCGACCACGAUGAACGAUUGGGUCAACAUACGCGAUCCUAAUGAUGAACCUCAGCCGUCACGAUCCUGA